AUGUCGCAUAUACUAACGUUAGACAGGCUAGUCCUGGAGAUCGUUUACGAUAACCGCGAUGCAUUCCCUGACAAACUUUCAUUUGUGGAGCCGUUUCCAGCAGUGACCUAUAUGUGUGUAGUUUCAGAGGUUUUUCCCAUACCAGCUUACAUUGUUGGUCUAGAAUCUCGCAAGCUCAGCAACCUGGUUCUGGAGUACCCGCAGACUAAGCAUCAGAAUAUAAGCGCCAGAAGCUACAGAUAUGGUGAUAUUAUGGACGCAUAUGUUAGCUGCUCUACCCUCAUGCACAUAACUGUUUGGCAACUAUCGCCGAAAGAUUAUCAGGAUCGACUAUUCCACCAGAAACAUCACACUAACAUGCUGGUCCUACCCCCUUCAGCACUGUCAUUUGCAUUCUGCCCAAACACCUAUACCCCUUGCUACUCUCUCUUGAACGAUAUUCUGGGAUAUCUCCCAUCAACUUAAAUUACACAUACUCACUCUUCCAAAGAUUUAGGUUUA